GCGGAUGUGCUAUUCUGAGUUGUGAACUUCUGAAAGCCAUCCCAGAGAGAGACAUCUAAAUUUACAAUGUCAGAUUACUUCUACUUGUACGCUGGUUUAGGAAGCGCUGCUGUAUCAGCUAUAUUCUAUGGAGUGUACAAAAACAGGGAAGGUUCCAUACGAAGCUUGCAGAAUGCAGUAGAGGUUGAAAUUGGCUCACAACUGAGGAAUGCGCUUUUGGCCUCUGACACCCGCUCAAUACCUUAUGGCGUUAUCAGAGGAGAGACAAAGCCUCAGAAACCGAAUGAAGUGAUCAGAAGUUCUCGUGUUGCAGAUGUUACUGGCGUCAUGCAGCGCGUCAAAACACGAGAGCAUAAGAGUGAGUGGAGUCGAACGACAAGGCUGUGGCAUGACAUAGAGAGAACUAUCAGCUCAGCAUCAUCUUCAGUUCCAUUCUGUCUGUUUGGUAAUGGUGACAAUGUUAAAGUCAUGGAACCAUUGUCGGCUGAACAACUUACCCUCAAAGUUAUUCAUGACAAGUUUGAACCAGUCAGUAGCUCAGUGGCAGAGUCCUUAGUACAGUGGGCCAGUGGUGAUAAGACCAAAGGAUUCCAGACAAUUGAAGAGAUGUUACCAGUUGGUACAACUCUCACUGGGAUUGGAGAAAUCACACUGACAGAUGAUGGUAUCAAGAUUGGACCCCCGAAGUCUGGUCUAACUUAUUAUCUAUCACAACUCACACUAGAUGCAAUCAUGAGACAGCUGCAGUCAGGAAAGAAGGUGUGGAAAAUCUUGAGUGCCAUCUUUGCUUUUGGAAGUGGCAUACUGUUCCUGGUGUCGCUGGUUCUUUAUUUCAAGAGACGGCGUGAUAGGGAAGUGGAACUGGACUUAAUUAGGAGAAUGAGAGAGGAAGUGAAUGUUUUGGGUGAGGGGGAAGUAUUAGAUCAGCAAGAGGCCUGUGUUAUUUGCAUGGACAGACAGCGUAAUGUUGUUAUUUUAGACUGUGGCCACAUCUGUUGUUGCAUAGACUGUGCUCAGCGGGUCAACAACUGCCCAGUGUGUCGUCGUGUUAUUGCAAGGUUGAUUCCUACAUACAAUAGUUGAAACUGAAAGUUCUUACCUCUACCAAAUCAAUGUAAUGUCAAAGUAAGAACCACUGCGUAGUGUUUAUUCACUGCCUUCUUAAGACUCUGAAAAUCAACAUAAUUUGUUUAAACCUACAUGUAGGUUUAAUGAUUUCACAUUCUGCUAAAAUGUCCAACACUAGCCUUAAAAUGACUUUUAAUGGCUUCAUGUACAGAAAAAUUGGGGAAACAGUUUUAAUGGAAAGCUUGCAGAGAUGAGGAGAAUCUGUAUGUAGCAUUUGCAUUGCAUGAAGUACAUGUUAUUGUUGUCAGUCAAUUUUUUUCUUAGUUUAAUUUUUUUUAACCAGUUUAAUUUUGAUUUCCAUUUUUCUUUCAUUUGAUGUGACA